CAAAGUUUUAGCGAAUCGGUUAAAUAAUAUUCCGCCCAAAAAACCCGUUACAUUUUGAAAAAAAAUCACUCGCAAACAAACACAAACACAGACGCUCGAAAGUUUCACUUCAGAUCUCGUAUUUCAGAGAAUUAGAUUUGAAAUAAUGAUGGAGCGAGCUGAGUCAGGUCAAAAGCUGUAUACACGUAUGCGUCUUUGGGAAUUUCCAGAUCAAUAUGUGGUGGAGCCCACCGACGGUUCCAGUGGUUCGUCGUUGGCGAUUAAUCGCGCCGAUGGUUCGAUGAAUCUGAUCGACGAAGUUCCAGAAUGCACGUCUCUUCGUGUUCCGAAAAUUCGCUCUAUUUUUGGCAUCGCCGGAAUGUUAAAGCUCGUGGCAGGUUCGUAUUUGAUAGUAAUAACGGAGCGUGAAUGUGUGGGAUCGUACUUGGGACAUCCUAUGUACAAAGUUGCAUCUUUAAACAUUCUUCCCUGUGAUCAUUCUCUGAAUAAUUCAUCAGCAGAACAGAAAAAAGUGGAGACUGAGUUUUCUCGGCUCCUUAAAGUUGCUGAGAGGACAUGUGGUCUGUAUUUCUCGUAUGACACCAAUUUAACACUGAGUGCACAGCGAUUGAAUGACUUGGGGGACGAAUCUAAAUUGCUUCCUUUGUGGAGACAGGCGGAACCCAGAUUUCUCUGGAACAACUAUAUGUUGGAAGUGCUCAUAGAUAACAAGCUUGAUCCAUUCUUACUUCCUAUAAUCCAAGGGAGCUUUCAUAACUUCCAGACCGCCAUUGGAAGGGACAUCGUUGAUGUUACUCUGAUUGCAAGGAGAUGCACUAGGAGAAAUGGAACUCGGAUGUGGAGAAGAGGAAGUGAUUCUGAUGGGUAUGUAGCAAAUUUUGUGGAAACUGAACAAAUUGUACAAAUGAAUGGGUUCACUGCUUCAUUUGUUCAGGUUCGGGGGUCAAUACCUCUUCUUUGGGAGCAAAUUGUUGAUUUGACAUAUAAGCCUAAAUUUGAGAUCGUGAGACCGGAGGAAGCUCCUCGAGUGGUGGAACGACAUUUUCUUGAUUUAAGAAAAAAAUAUGGAAGUGUGUUAGCUUUUGACCUGAUUAACAAGCAUGGGGGAGAGGGACGCUUAUGUGAAAAAUUUGCAAAUGCAAUGCAGCAUGUCAUAAGUGAUGAUGUAAGAUAUCUGCACUUUGAUUUUCACCAAGUCUGUGGACACGUUCACUUUGAGCGCCUCUCUAUCCUUUAUGAGAAAAUUGAGGAUUUCCUUGAGAAAAAUGGGUAUCUUUUGUUGAAUGAGAAGGGUGAAAAAAUGAAGGAGCAACUUGGAGUUGUGAGAACAAACUGUAUUGAUUGUUUAGAUCGUACCAAUGUUACCCAGAGCAUGAUAGCUCGAAGAAUGCUGGAAAUCCAACUUAGAAGGAUUGGCAUUUUUGGUGCUGAAGAAACCAUUACCUCACAUCCAAAUUUUGAUGAAAGCUAUAAAAUAUUGUGGGCUAAUCAUGGGGAUGACAUUAGCAUCCAAUAUUCUGGUACUCCUGCUCUAAAAGGAGAUUUUGUCAGAUGUGGCAGACGGACAAUGCAAGGGAUUGUCAAAGAUGGAUGGAAUGCCCUUUCACGCUAUUAUUUGAAUAACUUCUGUGAUGGAACAAAACAGGAUGCGAUUGAUCUCCUGCAAGGACACUACAUCGUAUCGGUGAGUCGAGAGGUGGCCCCUCCAUCCCAAAAAGGAGGCCUUGAGGCUAUAGCUUCAUUUCCAUUGGCUCUAUCGUUGGUCGUGACUGGGUUAUUUUUUGCAACCUUGUCACUGAGGCAAGUUAAAUACGAUUUUCGGCAUCUAUUUUUUUCACUUAUGUGGGCAGGGAUAAGUGUUGCUCUUGCAGCAUUUGUGAGGGCUAAUGGUAGGAUAUUUUGCAAUCGGCCUCGUCUGCACAAGCCCAGAAGCUGAUUGUGUAUUAUUUUUUUUAUACACAUUUUUUAUUAACUCUUUUUUCUUUUCCCACUUCCAUUGUGAAGCUAUCAACUGGCUGAUUAUUAUUUAUUUCUUUGAUUCCAAAUUUUUGUAGUCCAUUCUUUAUUAGUCUCACAUAGAAGUUCGAUAAUAUUUCAUUUGAUGAUAUGGAAAUGCUUUUCUUUGUAAGAGUC